UCUUCUUCUUCUUCUUUCUUUUUCUUUCUUCUCUAUUUUUCAUAUAGAUAGACUACCUAUAGCUCAUAGACACCUUCUACACUACACUACACUACACUACACUACACUACACUACACUACACUACAUCUUUGCUUUUAUUUUUUUUUCAUGACUGAAUUUGUUGUAUAUGAAGAUAGCCCUUUGGCAGAGUACUUGGAAUCUAUCGAAAGCAACGAAAAGACCGUAAAACUACCUCAGAUCUAUACUGGCCACAGACCUGCUGAAUCAAGACCUGUUCUGGGUAGAAUGUCUACAGCAAUCUAUCGUUUCUGGAGACGUUCCUUUUUCCAUGAUACAUUCUCGGUCUCACUUCCGAUAGCUGAAGAAACAGCGUUUGAGGAAAAGUUCAAAUACCUCAUCGUAACCUCUCCGCUGCUUAAUGAAAUCCUUUCUGUCCACACAAAACAACACCUGGCCGCAGAACUCCCGUUUAGCUUCAGUGCCGACAGACCCUCGAGCCAUGUCGGAACCCUGGCAACCAUCGCAGGUCUCUUACUAGCCUUUGGAACCGAACGAAUCGUCCAGCCAAGGAAUCAAAUCAUGCCUGUACCAGUAACCAUCACUUUGAGCAGCUCGGUCUCUUUAUUCUUUGUGUACCGACACAUGAGACGUUCUUGGAUCAGGCAACUCUACCAAACUGCGCUCUCACGGCUGCAGACCUUGGUCGAGGAGUGUGAUCGAUUGGACACUCGGAUCCACCGGGCCUUGAUCACAAUCCAGGAAAUCGAACUCGUCUCGCGUGGGUACCGCCUCUCGACCCCUCUGUCUCCAAUCUCUCGCAUCGAACAGACCAGCAAAUCACGACGCUGCAUGGCCUUGCGCCAGCGUCUGGCCGGUCUGCUGCGAAAGGCAUUUAUGGUCUACGAGGAAGCGAUCAUGGAUCUCUCGGAUCAGGUCAACAAGACAAACGUGUCCCGGCUCUAUGAAAUGUACAAUGUCCGCUCCAUCGCUUCCCUGUCCGCCGUCGGGAGCGCACUCGACAGGGACGAAGAAGCCCCGCUCGGCCUGGAUUACCUCAAACAGCUGGCCCAGUUGAUGCAUUCCAAGAGACGCGAGUGUAUGAUGCAGUUCCUGGCCUUGGAUAUCAUGACAGAGGCCCAUGACUCAGUCCGAGGAGACUAUGAGAACGGCUGGCAUGCAGUCAAUAUGGUCCUGUUUCGUUUGGUGACCGAAACAAAGGCUUUUGCAACUGAGUCAAAAGAAGCCUUGGAUAAUGAGUUGUGCAAACCUACUGCUACACCAGAAACAGAUGCACCUUCCAUGCCGGCUUCCCCUGUGGCAGAUGGUCGGUUACGCCAAUUUAUCCAUCGUUUGUCAAGCCUAGACCAACAAAUUAGAACCUUUGAAGCAAAGAUCUAUCUCUGUCAUGAUGAUAUCAGACACAUAAGUGCAGGGUCGGCUACGGAUGAUGAAUUGAAAAACCACCUUUUACGAGAAUACCAGUCGUUGCAGACAGAUAUGAGUAAUAUAGCAAUCGAGUGGCAGAUGGGACGAGACGCUCUGCAGCAAUUCCUUGAGCCAUCUAACCUGGCUACCCCAGUCCACUCUCCUGUCCAGACACCUGUCAAGGAAGAGGAUGAAGAGGAUAUAAUGAUGAUGAUGACUCCUCGGUCGUUGGACAAAGAUCUCGUGACAUCUGAAGACGUCUCGGAUGUCGGUCAUCUGCCCUUGCCGUCCAAGGCAGAGUUGUUUGAGGCAACUGCAGAUGUGGUGGAACCCAACACAACGGCAGAGCGCAGUCGAAAGAGCCGUCAGGAGCGCAUUGCUGACAUGAAGCUCAAGAGAGAAGAAGUGGCGCGUGUGAAUUCUACAAAGCAUGAUUCACAGACCAUGGUUCAUGAACUAAAGACAGUCUUGGAUCGACGGGUGGCCGAUCUGGAUUCGCAAGAUAAAUAGAAAAUAAUAAUAAUAAUCAACAACAACAACAACAACAACAACAACAACAAAAUUGCCCGUAAUUUCCCCCCACUCCCCCUCCCAAUACCAUACCAUACCAUACCAUACCAUACCAUACUAUAUCGUACCGUACCGUUUCUUUUCUUUAUUUUCUGUAUACCCCCCUUCUCCCCUCUUUUGCUCUUCUUCACUUUCUUUCAAUUUCAACUAUAUCCAUCUAUCUAGCCUUUCUGUUUCUUUUUUAUUCCUUUGAGCAUUUCUAUAGUUUUCCUUCUUUUAUCCUUAAUAUAUAUAUAUAUAUCUUUUGGUAUUGUUUCAUAUAGUCAUUCUACAUUACAGUCUUUCUUUUUUUUUUAUUGUUUCUUUAAAAAAAACUUGUUCUUUCUGUGUCUC